GCGAGCCACAGUUUGCCGACCUCUGCUCUAGAGCAAAUCCCCAUCUAGAACUACUCCAAAAACACAAAAGGGGAGUUGGUGAGUGCUUGCUAGGCUUCCAGAAGCUGCUAGGCUUCUAGAGAAGCUUGUGGUGGUCCGGCAGCAGAUGGGCACCCAUUUCUAGAGUGAAUCUGAUUGGCUUUGAGAGAAACAGAGCUUCCUGCAACUGCCUGAACAUUCUAGAACCAGCAGAAGACGUUUCCCUGAUUACUGGCAAUGUCUCGGGAGGAUCAUGACAGUUCUACAAGGCAUAGUGCCCACCUGCAGUUUCCAGCCGAUAUCCAGAGUACUUCUAGAUGGCUGCGCAUCCAGGAACCAGUAACUCCCCCCUCUAGUGUUGAUCAUUCUGGUCUUUUCUAGAAGAGAUGUUUCUCCUUUCCUCAGUCCUCAGGACUGAAGCAACUCAUGGAUGUUCUAGAGCAAACACUCACCAACUCCCCCUCUGUGUUUCUGGAGUAGUUCUAGAUGGGGAUUUGCUCUGGAGGGGCCAGUUCUAAUAUCUGUGAAGAACCCUGCAGGGCCCUUGCAGAGAGGAGGGGGUUCUGGAAUUCCAGAUAACUUUGGUGAAAAGUUGAAUGAAGGUACAACCAGAAGUUCAACACCUCACCACUGCCAGAAAGAUUGAUGGAAGACAAACUAUGUAUAGCUGGGACAAUUUAUGAGAAGACUGGAAUUCUAUCCACAUUCUCAACCCCCCAAAAAAACCCCAGAAAGACUUUGGGCUGCUGGGGUUGAUGGGAUGGAUUUUUCUGGAAGUCAGUUGACAUAAACAUGGCCUUUGGGCUUGCAGAAAACCACCAGUAUUGCGCCCCUUGCCAACCAUGUUCUGUCUGCCCUGAAUUCACAGAACCACUAAAUCUGGGUUUGGGCAAAUGAGGGAUGGAAAGGUCCGAAGGUGCGCAGACCCCAGAUUGGCCUUAAAGCCAAGCAGGAGCACUCUUGGCCAGGGUCUGGCCAAGGAGGAUGGGAUUCUUGACUCAGAUUUCAGGAGCCCCUUGAAGGAGGUGAAGGUAGAUCUUUUAUUACUGAAUUGUCUAAGAAUCUAAACCUCUUUUUUAGUCUUCUCAGGGAAUUUUGGGAGACUUUUCCUACUCAGCUGCCAUAGGGAGAGAGGGAGGUAUGGAUUAAAAGUCCACAUCACCAACCCCUGUUACUGUAGGGGGUUUUUUCCCUUUUCCUUUUUUUUUUUUUUUGAGUCUUGUGUGCAUGAGUGCGUGUGUAAGGGGAAAAGUUUGGAAUUUCUGGGGACUGUCAUGACUCAAGUCUUAAGGCAUUGUCCCUGCUCAGAUGUGGCAGGCUUUGUGUAGAGCGCCCCUGGCAGAAUGAGUUUUGUGUGAGCAAGAGUGACUCCGUAUUGAAUGAGAAAGAGUAACUCUAUUCUGGACAUGCGCAAAGAACUUAGCAGACAACAGGCAGCUAGCUGCCCAGCUGCCCUGGUAAUUGGGUGUAACCAGUUAUACCUGGAAGGUUUGCUACUGAAGAUAAGGUGACAUCAGGAAGGCACUCAGAACCACAGAACUGAGGACUUUUGCAGCUCAGAGAGCGGAUCCCAACUGAGGUGACCAUGCUGCUCCUGUGCUCCAAAAACCUGCUUUCUCCACAGACUCAGAAUGAACCUCUGCCGGACCGACCUCCUGGACCAGCCACCCUUCCUCGCUCCACCAGGACUCUGAUUGACUUUGGGUCUGAUGAGCCCACACUGGAAAAGGCAUCCUGGAGUUUGCUGAAGGAUCUGAAACGCAUCACAGAUAGUCAAGUUAAAGGUGAACUCUUUGUUAAAGAGCUGUUCUGGAUGUUGCACCUGCAAAAGGAUACCUUUGCCAGAUAUGCUGCUCAGUUCCAAAAAGAGGAUUUUUGUCCCAACAAAUGUGGUAUGAUGUUGCAGACUCUGAUCUGGUGCAGUAACUGCAAGAAGCAGGUUCACGCUUGUCGGAAGUCCUUGGAUUGCGGGGAGCGCAAAGUCAAUGUCCAUGAAAUGGAAGACAUGAUCCUGGACUGUGAGCUCAACUGGCAUCAUGCCUCUCAAGGCCUGACCGAUUACAGCUUUUACAGGGUUUGGAGGAACAAGUCUGAGACCUUGGUGUCCAAGGGGAAAGAGCCCACCCUGACCAAGAUCAUGGUAGACCCACUGGAUGCGGGCACCUAUCGCUGCCAGCUGGACACCGUGCAAUCCAGCCCGGCCACGGUCAUUCGUUUUCAUGUCACAGUGUUGCCCAAAAGAAUCGUGGAAGAGAUACCGUCAUCAAACAUCCCAACCCAGGAAGAGGUGGCCCCCGGUGAGGUGACUUGGAGUCCCACCAAGCCAUCUACAACCCUCCAGUCUCCAUCAUCACAGUCUCAAAUGGCAGAGAAUAUACUGAGAGGCCGCCUGGUCGGGCUGCUGAUCUGGAGCUUUGUGGUGCUGAUAGCCGGCAUUGCCACCGCGGUACUUUGCUAUCGGUCUGAGAAAGUCAUGGACUUCAUAAAAUCCUGGUUGGGCACUGGCAGUGAAGCUGCUCAGAGCUCCCAUGUUCCAGAAAAAAAGGCCACAGAAUCAACGACCCAAUAAAAAUUUAUUUGGUUGUCUAAGUAUCUGACUCAUUCCUCCAGAUUGAUCCUAACUUUUGGUUCUCCCAAGAGGAGAGGACUGGGGAUGGUCUCUUGUCUGAGGGAGGACGGGCUGAGAAUUGGGCCCCCUGGGUCAUGGCAGGGACCAACUGACUGAGAGGCAAUUCCAGAAUCAAGGAGUGGGGCAGGGCCAGCCCUACC